GACAUUUCGAAUCUAGUCUGAUCAUCAUCACACAUCCAUGUUGUGACGAUUGUUUUUGAAGUUCUUGCAUUUAAGAAUUGAUACUACUACUAGCCUAGGCCUAAAUGUUCUUUUCCAGAUUUUUUAUUGAUGAGACACAGUGAUCAUUAAAAAUGGACGAUGAACGCUUGGUUGAGGACCUGAAGUUUAAGGAAAUGUGCAAAUUACAGAUCUGUAAUAUUAAAACAGAAGAACCAGUUCCUCUUGAACGGUACAAUCUUGUGGUUGCAUGCAACAAAUAUGGGUACCUUUACAUUGGAUAUGACAAAGGAAUAAAAAUCCUGAAGACAGCUGAAUUGACUCGGUUAAAUACUACAUUUGACAAACAAAAAGAAACAGUGACAGACUACCCACAUGUCACUCUGCAGUUGGGCUGUAUGCCCCAGCAUUUGUCUCUCAGUGCUGAUGGCCUCACACUGUCUGUAUGUUACAGGAAGGAUGCAGCACUCAUUCUUGCUUUGUAUGAUGUCAGAGUUCUGGUCCGAUCGGGCACAGCUGCAGUUUCUACUCAGGUGAUAGGUCGAGAUUCGGACCUCUGUGUCACCAAUCUUUGCUGGAACCCCCAGAAUAUUGCGAUCCUUGCUGUAUGUCUGUCCGACGGCAGUCUACUGUUGUGUGAGACAUCUGCUGGCAUCAAAGUGGUUGCAAAAUUGGCGGACAAGGAUUCUAAAGCUAUUUGUUGGAGUCCUAAGGGUAAGCAGCUGGUUGUUGGUAAGGGUGAUGGACGGCUAGUCCAGUACGAUCUACAACUGAAUGAGAAGAGAUGCAUUCAGAAACCAUACACCUUUGAUGAUAGAGUUACAGUCGUUGAUGUUUGUUGGCAGUCAACGUACAAGUUCAUUGCCGCUUAUGCUGAUGCCGCAGGCCAUUUACAACCCAACAUUGUAAUCGUCUCAGCACCAAAAGAUGGAGAUCCCAUGUUUAAAAACUAUGAGGACAUUUGCAUGGGUGAUGGUGACCGUCAAGGCCAGUACUACCUCAAAUGUAUUGAUAAAUGGGGAAUAUUGUUGGCAAUGCAGAGCAAUGGACCUGAGAUGGGGCUUAUGGGUAAGCAACCAAACAACCCAAACCAAUGGGAGAUUUGGAGUGUAAAUGAUGAUGCACGGUUGACGUUACCGCUGAAUGCCGAUAGUGAUGACACGUUUCCCUUGGGAAUGGCAUUGGAUACCACAUCAGAAUUAGCAGGUGGCAAACCAACCCCGAUUGUAAUUGUACUGUCAACUGAGGGUAAACUAUGUCCCUUCUACAUGAUAUACGAAGCAGAAUGUCAAGUGAUAACAUCGCCCCCUGAAGCCCUGCCCGCUGGAGAGAGACAGCCAAUAGAUUCUGGUGGUGGUGAUGCUGUUGUUCCAAUUAUGCCUGGUCUAUCAGCUCCACAGCCAACAUCAGUUACAGUUGUCACUGGACGUGGCAAUGCAGCUGGACAGGCCAGUGUACGCCUACAAGGUGGUGCAUCAAGCUCAUCAGCCUUCUCAUUCACAAAGCCUAGCUCAAGCAUUACACCAGUGGUGUCUUCAGGUUCAGCUGCAGUUUCUUUGGGCAGCUUCUCUUUCUCAACACCUGCUGCUACUUCAAGCACUACUGGGUUUUCAUUUGCUACAAAGACAACAACAGGUACUGGUAGUGGAUUCUCUUUUGCACCAAGUCAAGCACCUAACAAUACUAGUUUCUCAUUUACAUCUGCGACAACACCAACAAUACCUUUUGGACAAUCUCCAGCCACUACAACAACUAGCAGUAGUGGGAUCUCUAUUGUGUCUACUAGCAGUAGUGGGAUCUCUUUCGUGCCAAAGUCUACAGAAUCAACCCUAUCUUUUGGACAGGUUUCAACAAGCAGCAGUCAGGGCUUCUCAUUCUCUAGUUCUAAUACCUUCAGUAGCUCCACUCCGCAAACCAGCCAGUCUAAAACUGCAUUUACACCAUCAGGUAAUCAAGUGCAGAAGGUGUCUACACCAGGAGUGACCAAUCAGGCACCCGUAGCUGCUGUUCAACUACCAACAGCUAGCCAAUCAGCUUUCUCCUUAGGUUCCUCUACUACUUUCUCUUUCUCCACACCUAAAGUACCAACUGAACUGCCAAAGCCACAAACCCAGGCUCAGUCAGUGUCCGCUUUCUCACAACCAGCCACAAAACCUUCUGGAUUUUCCCUUACAUCUACCACAAGUUCUGGAUCUACUGGAAUUAAUUUGCCUACUCAGCAAGCAAGCCAAGGAAUGAAAGCUACAGGAAGCCAGCUUCCAAAAUUUGGAGCUUCGGGGGAAGUUGUGACUGCUCCUGGAGCUUCUAUAUUGGUUACGCAACCACUUUCUGGAACCGCACCAAGCAAUACUCAGUUGUUUGGCUCGCAGCCAAAACCUUCACCAACAGUCGACAUUAUCAGACCUUCUGCAGCGGUGCCAUCCACCAAAACCCAAGACAGAGUACAACCCACAGCUUCUAUUGUAACUGACCCACAAGUUAUUAAACCAAGUGCAGGCCUGGCUGGCGACAUAAAGAAUAAUGACAGUGCAGUGACUGCGCCACCAACUAAAACAGCACCAGAGCCAGACAAACUGCAGACUGCCUUCUCGGCCAGGUUUUACGAGGAAAUGGAAUUAUUCAACCGAGAGUUAAAAGCUCAUAGGCAACGUUCCAUGGCAUCAAACUAUGAGAUUGGAACAGAGAAUGAGAAGAAAAAGUUACGGGAAUCCAUUAAUAAGCUUACUGAAUUCAGACAAGAAAGUGUUGAAGUAACCAAGUCGAUUAAUGAAGACAUCCACCAUCUUAAAAGUGAUACACUAAAUGCGUUCUCAUUGAUCGAGGAAGCUAAAGUUCGUGAGCAGAGGAAAAACGACCCGCGUUACGUGUACUUCUUGAAGGCACGCUCCCUUGAUCCGGCCACAAUGAAGAAGCUGCGGGAGAUACGCAGCAAGCAACAUAAUCUUGACGUAGUCUUGAAGGAUGUGAAUGCAUGUCUGGAUGCUGCCUGGGAGGAGCAAAAUUUCUCAAGGGGUCAAAAGAAAAGGGUCAUGAAACCACCCACCUUGGAUGCUAUAUAUCAAACCCUAAGCAACCACCACAACAUCAUCAAUAACUUAAAAGAACAGUUGAAGGUGGUUAAACAGCAGCUUUUAGAGGCCCAGUGCUAUGAUAUCAGUGCCUGGCCAAGCCCCAAGACACCCUCUAGCAGAGGCAUACAGGAUGUUGAGAUGUCAACAGUUACAAAAUCAAUGAGCAAAGCCAGAGUAAGUGAUGCGAUGAUGUAUACACCCAUAUCAGCCAAGAAAAGGUCACAAUUGAAAGAUCUUUUGUCACAAAGGAGUACCACACCCAUAAGAUCAGCAAAAAAGAGUAACCUGACACAAAUGUACAAGUUUUCUAAUAAUUACCCUGAUUACCAAGACAAUGAGAACGUUUCUGUUAGGCCACAAAACCUCGCCAAAGAGCUGGAAGUCGCAGAUAACGUCAGAGCUAGACAACCCCAACCAUUCGCAGCUGCCAAGGUAGAGGUUGAACCCAAACCAGAUGUACAUGCUGCAAGUGGCACUUUAGGUCCUGUGGAGGAAGCAGUCAAACCUAAAACAAAAUCACCACCACAACCUACAUCACCAGCCAUCAAGACCACUUCUGGCAAGGUGACUGUUGAAUGGGGUGCAUCCACCAAAGGUAAGCUGACACCAAGCCAGGCUGCAGGAGUGGCAGCAGUGAAUCGUUUGAACAGUCAGCAGAUGGCAGCAGCUGUAUUGGUCAGUCAGACAACACCCGCUCAAAAGGACCUUCCACCAGUUGUAAACAUCGGGAAACUGGAUAGUAUGAAGGAAUCAAUGCCACCACCAGUAACGUUUGCUCCAGUUGGAAGUUCUGUAAAUGCUGGCACUGCCAAGGUUUUAAAUGAUGUCAUUGCUGAAAUGGCCAUGGCAAGUGGUAAAACCACACAGCAGUUUACUCGUGGUCCGAAGAGUCCAGCUGCUCAGCUUUCACCAACCACUUUGCCAAAAUCUCUUGAAAACCUAGCAAAGCCACAACCAACUAGUGUCGUCUCAGUAGGACCUCCUCCCAACAUUUCUGCACCAAUUGCUUCCUCCGCUAAAGCAUUCACCAUCAAACCAGAUGCAUCUGCGUUUAGUUUGACAUCAUCAGCUGGAGGCCAAGCAUCAUCAGGAAAAACUACAGCAGCCUCACAGCCUCUCAAACCAAUGACAAUGUCAACCACUUUAUCAGGCUUUUCUGGAUUUGGUAUAAGAACAGGAACAACUACAAGUUCUAGUUCUAGCCUGCCAGCUGCAUCUUCUGGAUCAUUGACACAACCAAGCUUUGGCUUCAACUCGGUCACUGCUACUGGAGCAUCAUCUACUACUGGCUUCAGCUUCAAUAGUAAACCCAGUGGGUUCAAUUUUGGUGGAGCCUCUACUCCAAGCAUUGGAGUAGCACCUACUUCACACAGUGGUUUUGGUUUCGGAGGGUCUGUCAUCAGUGGUGCAGUUACUACAACAUCAGGAUCUGUGAAAUCUAAUCAAGGUCUUGUCAUGAAGCCUGCUUCUGAAGAGAAGGCUGUAUCUCAAUCAUCAACAACAGGUUUCAGCCUUUCUAAACCUUCCGAGAAAAUGGUUUUUCCUUCAGUUGCACCCUCUACAACAGCAUCUGUUACUCCUGCAACCACUGGGACUUCUACAGGCUUCUUAUUUUCCACUGGUAGUGCAAUUUCUAGUUCAGCAGUGAAUACCUCUACAACUUCAACUUCAACAGUGUCAACUGCUUUUAGCUUUGGAGGAAAUCUACCUAGUUCUUCUAAUACUUCAACUCUUGGUUUCAGUUUCAAUAAACCAAGCCCCACCAGCACAGGAACACCAGACAACUCUGGAUCAUCUUUCUCUGUUUCAGCUAUACUAAAAUCAAAACCAGUAACUUCGUCAUCAAGCCCCUCUUCUGAGGAACUGUUAAAAGUAGCAUUACCUUCAACUGGGAAGACAGCUGCAGCUGUUGGUAAUUUAGACAUCACCACUGGUGGAUCAGCUAUGCCUGUAACUGUUAAAGGUCAAGAACUACAUUUCCCACAUCAAGAGAGCAGCCCAAGUCAAGUAGCUGAAGUGAAUGACCAAGACCAAAACUCAAAUGCUAGUUCAUCAGAAGCGUCAGUUAAACCAGAAGUCGCGCUUUCAACCAACCCCAGUAAAGCACUCAGUAUUGGUUCAGAAGCUCAUGUAACUUCUGCAGCAACAAAAACAUCAGGAAGUGAACCAACUCCAACUCCUUCUCAGAGUUUGCUUGCUACUCCAACAUCAGCUACUGUAACUUCAUCAAGCAAUAAAAAUCUCAUGGGCUUACUGGCAUCUGAUGAUGAACCUGCUACAAGCUCUGCCACUUCAACAUCUUCAACCACAAUCUUCAAUUUCACUCAAACAAAUUCGGGAAAUAGUGGAUUCUCGUUUACUAACCCAUCCAGUAAUACCAUCGGUUCUGCCACGACUAGUGUUGCAUCAACUUCUGCAUCUACAGGUUUUAGUUUUGGACAGACACCAGCUGCAGCAGCAUCCAGUAAUACCAUCGGUUCUGCCACAACUAGUGUUGCAUCAACUUCUGCAUCUACAGGUUUUUCUUUUUUUGGACAGACACCAGCUGCAGCAGCACCAACUAGCACAAAUUCCGGAUCCAUCUUUGGAUCAACUUCAACUGCAUUUGGUUCCACAAUGUUUGGAAGCAAGACUGGAGGAAAUGAUGAAGCUGGAACAGGUGCAGGAAGCUCAUUUGGUUCCAGUGCUCUUUUUGGAAAGAAACCUGAAGAAUCUAAACAAGUGUCAACUUCUGGAUUGAUGUUUGGAUCUGGUGCAGGUGCCACAGAUGACUGUGGAACUGGCAACCCAGUUCAAACAGGAUUUUCAUUUUCAUCAGGUUCAGCUUUUAAUAGUACAGAUAAUGCUAGUGGCCAUACUUUUGGACAGAGCAAUGCACAAUCUUCAGUAUUUGGUCAGAAGUGUUUGUUUGGCUCAGCUCAACAAGCUCCAAGUGGUGGCGGCAGUGGUGGUGGUGCUAGUGAAAUAUUUGGCAGUGGCAUUGGUGGAGGAGGAGGAGGAGGCAUGUUCUCAGGUCUUGGUGGUAAGCCAAAUCCAGAAGCAGCAAAAGUAAACCCAUUUGGAGUCACAAAAACUGCUACCACACCCGCAUUUGGAGGUCCAUCUUUGUUUGGAGGUCAAACCCAGAAAAAGUUUGGGGGCACUGAUGAAGCAGGAGCAUUCAGUACACCAGGGCCAUUCAGUAGUAAUUCUGGUGGGUUUGGAUUUGGAAAGACAACAGCUGCAAGUAACCCUGCUGGUGGGUUUGGAAGCCCCCCUAUGUUUGGUGCUAGCCAAAGCUUUGGUGGCACUGGGUUCGGAAGUACCCCUACAUUUUCAAGCCCAUUAGGAUCAUUUGGAGGGAGUACCUCAACCGGUGCAGGAUUUAGUGCAUUUGCGCACAAUGACACACCUGGAUUUGGAAACAUUGCGAACCAAGGAAGUGCAGGCUUUGCAUCUAUGGGCAGUGAACAACCUUCUGCUUUUGGCACUGGUUUUGGUCAGCAAAAUCAAGGCUCAGUUUUUGGUGGUGCAAAUACAUUUGGAGCUGCUUCUAGUCCAUUUGGUGGUGCAGGCGGACAAGCAUUUUCUAACAGUAGCGGUCCUUUUGGAAACAACACACCUACAAAAUCACCUUCAUUUACUGGCUGGAGAUAGAGUGCUUUGAUCUUCACUUGAAACAUACACUGGUUGUGGAAGCAUUGGAACAAGCUAGUUAGGACAAAUAUUAAAUAGUCACCAGCAGGACUAGUUUCUUUUUUUAAGUUACCCAUCAGGCCAAGUUUUUAAUAAGAUUAGCAGAGCAAUCAUUUUGAAGCCACUGGUCAUUACCAGCUGUUCAAAGUCGGCAAUCAUAGCAAGACUUUCAAAGCUACCAGUCUGCCAAAAUCCACCAAUCAGGGCUGUGUUUCUGAAAACCCACACCAAUCAAGGCAAGCCUUUCAAACCAUUCAAACCAAUCAUCAUGUUUGCCUAUAACCUGUUUUAAAUUCAUUUGAAUUUUUGACUAACAAUUCAUUUCAUUUGUUUUCUUAAUGACAUGUAUCUGUGCACUUUCAGUUGAGGAAUGGCAUCAGGUCACAGGGGUGGGACUUCAAAUUUGUAAUCUAUUAAGCUAGGAACUGACUGUGCCCGACGAGAAUGCCAUGCCAUGACGCGCUAACAAACGGAUUGUUUUUAAUGACGAUCCGUUUAGACUGCCGAUAAUCCGCAGACACCGUUGCGUCAUCUAGCGUUAACAGGCAGUGGAGUUCGAUUUGUCGGUCGACAGUCGUACGACACAGUUAUAAAGUGAUUGCCGGCUUUAAAUUUUAAAAUAUGACAAAAAUAAGUAGAAGUUUACAUUGGUGAUAUUGUUAUUGAAGUUGCAUGAUACAAAAAUUAAUUACGUAGACUGGAAAUUGUUUUUCUAAAUCUUAAUCUAAUGAAAACAAAACAAUAAAAAAUUCACAAUUAGAUAUUUGUUUACAAUCAAAGAGUUUUUAUUGUUCACUAUCAUAACCACUUUUCUAUUUAUGUUAUUUCUGAAAAUAUAAAGUACAGUAGAACCUUGUUCUACUUACAGUAUUCCUCGUACGGACGAUGACGUCAUCAAAAACACCUAAAUACUUAAAACAAACUGGCCUUUUCAGGGCCACCAUAAUGUCAAAAAAGAUUGUUUAGUUUCUGUCUGUUUACUAUUUCAAUAAUAUAAAAAUAAACAAACUAUAUCCAAAGUAUUUGCAUUCAACAGCAGCAUUGAUUGUGUCUAAUUAACACGCUGUUAUAAUCUAAAACCACAUGGACUGAACAAGAUGAACAACUACUGGUAGUGCUCAAAAUAAGUUCUUUUCUACUUACCUUACUUAUCAUGUGAAAAACUUGUCUGAUGAAAUUUUCUACAAGAAGUGUACUAAGCUGGGUAGGCAUAAUUUUGCAUAUGAGCACUUUAUUAGCUCGCCCAGUGCAGAGCACAUGGUUUUAGCUUGUCUCAGCAGGCCCAGACAACACCGCAUCUCUGUUGUUUAGAAUAGCCAUGAAGGGGAAUUCCCAAGUUUAAAUAUGUGGUAUACAAUUACUGUUCUUUGAAUAAUAGCCUGUGCUUAAAUAAAAAGAGGUUUUGAGAAGUUUAAGCUGCUUCUUGUUCUAGCUAUCCCAGUAAACUUUCUCAUGAAACAUUUGAUAUCUCUAAUCAUGCAGUUUCUGAUACUAAUAUAGAUACUGAAAAUAUUUAAGUAAAUACUAGAGCAUGUAUGUGAACACCGUCGGUUUGGCUUAUACAGUAUAUACAUUUUGAAUUAAUUGUACGCAUUUUUGCUUCACAAGGGUUGAUCCAGGGGAGGACCCUUAUAGAGAAAGUGACAGUACUUGAAAUAAUAGACUCAUUCGGAGACCGAUAUCACUUGAUAUAUAGUUGUGACAAAAUUGUAGAAAGACACAGUGAGUGACACUUAGUAUUGGAAAAUGCAUUGCUUCAUCAGAGUGUUGUUGCUGUAAGACAUAUCCUUGAGUUUAAAUAAUUCUGCUUGAAACACCAGUGAACUUCUUUAAAUCACUUCUGAAUUGAACUUUGGAACAUUGUCAAGAUGUUGCAAAUGCUACAAAAGGUACUGGCUGCAAAUAGUCAGGUUUUCAAGAUGAUUUAAGUGAAAUACACUGCAAUUUCUGCACUAGCUAACAAAGAAUUAUGUGAAUUCCAAAACCUAAAAUUCACAAAUAUAAUAGAUAAUGCUAGAAUGAGGUUGACCUCAAAUUUGAACAAUCAUACUUAACUGCCUUACCUCGUCAUUUAUUUCACACAUUAUCAUUGGGCCUUGUUCAUUUCCUCUUCCUAUGCUUUAACACUGAUUCCAUUAUGUGGAAUGGUAUGGCUGCUAGUGUAUAGACAAUUUGAGACUAUAGUUUUAACCAUAACCCAAAAAUGCCUUUGCUGUAUAUUGAAAUAGUUUACUUUUAGAUCAGGAAUGGGAAUACAAUUGAGGUUGGAGGGCCAAAGUGAAGGCCACACCCAAAUUUUGACAUUUCCAAAAAGAAACCUUCAUGCACUGCUUUCAUGCAAGGGGUUUUCUAUCCAAAGGUGGUAGACAGGCCGCACACAUAGGGUUGUAAUUAACUGCAACAAAAUUGCUGUCGGGCUGUGCUUUAGUUCAUUAAGUUUAGAUCCUUAAAUUCUCACUGUCUGCUUUAUACACAAGAUCUUUGUAACUCUCUUGUAAUUCAGCCGGGAUUAGACUCUUCUUUCAAGGCAUAAUGUUUUGUUUUGGCAUUCUGGUGGUAUUUAAAAUCUGCAAUUAUGGUUGCAAUUGUUAAAAUUAAUAUAAUUAUACCUGAAUUUUUGACCAAUUAGGUGCCUAAUAUUAUACAUUAUGUGGUAUACUAUUACUGUUCUUUGAAUAAUAGCCUGUGCUUAAAUAAAAAGAUGUUUUGAGAAGUUAAAGCUGCUUCUUGUUCUAGCUAUCCCAGUAAACUUUCUCAUGAAACAUUUGUAAUCUCUAAUCAUGCGGUUUCUGAUGCUAAUAUAGAAGCUGAAAAUAUUUAAGUAAAUACUAGAGCAUGUAUGUGAAUACCAUCAGUUUGGCUUAUAUAUACAUUUUGAAUUAAUUGUACGCAUUUUUGCUUCACAAGGGUUGAUCCAGGGGAGGACCCUUAUAGAGAAAGGGACAGUACUUGAAACCAAGAAGGAUGCAUAUACUGUUGGUGACGUACAAGAGGGCUACAGCAUUCUUAAAAUUUGGAUAUAUUUAGCUAUUUUCAGAAGCUUGUUCCCAUUGUGUCCUAGAUGCACCGCUUAUUCAGAAUCUGUGUUAUGUUUACCAUUUUUUUAGUGCUAAAUGCUAAUAUUUUGUAGACACUGGCCUAUAUUAAGAUUAUGCUUGAAUAAAAGGUUUUGAACUGUA